AUGGAGUCUUGUGACUGUGUUGAGAUUCUGCUUCCAACUGAUGAGCUGUUGGUGAAAUACCAGUACAUAUCAGAUUUCUUUAUAGCGUUUGCCUACUUCUCGAUUCCAUUGGAGCUUAUUUAUUUUGUCCACAAAUCAGCCUUCUUCCCCUAUAGAUGGGUGCUGAUGCAAUUCGGGGCGUUUAUUGUACUUUGUGGAGCAACCCAUUUGAUAAAUCUCUGGACAUUCUCUUCCCACUCGAAAACAGUUGCUAUAGUAAUGACGAUUGCAAAAAUCUCAACGGCCAUUGUCUCGUGUGUCACUGCUUUGAUGCUUGUUCACAUCAUUCCUGAUCUGCUGAGCGUGAAAACAAGAGAAUUGUUCUUGAAAACGCGGGCAGAAGAGCUUGACAGGGAAAUGGGGCUUAUUAUUAAGCAAGAAGAAACUGGGAGACAUGUUAGAAUGCUCACCCAUGAAAUUAGAAGCACGCUUGACAGGCAUACUAUAUUAAGAACUACUCUUGUUGAGCUAGGUAGGACCUUGGACUUGGCGGAAUGUGCUUUGUGGAUGCCAACACAAAGAGGGAUGGUUUUACAGCUUUCCCAUACUCUUAACAAUCUUAUACCCGUUGGAUCUACUGUGCCUAUAAACCUUGGCAUCAUCAAUGAUAUUUUCAACAGCUCAGGAGCCAUACUGAUUCCACAUUCUUGCGAACUAGCAAAGAUGAGGUCUACUAAUACUGGGAGACACGUACCACCUGAAGUUGCUGCUGUUCGUGUUCCACUUAUACAUCUCUCCAAUUUCCAAAUAAAUGACUGGCCCGAACUCUCUGCAAAAAGUUAUGCCGUCAUGGUUCUUAUCCUCCCAAUGAACGGAAUUAGAAAAUGGCGUGAGCAUGAGUUAGAACUUGUGCAAGUUGUUGCUGACCAGGUUGCGGUGGCUCUUUCUCAUGCUGCAAUUUUGGAGGAGUCAAUGCGGGCGCAUGAUCAACUCAUGCAGCAGAAUAUUGCUUUAGACUUAGCCCGACAAGAAGCAGAGAUGGCUAUCCAUGCUCGCAAUGAUUUCCUAGCUGUGAUGAAUCAUGAAAUGAGAACACCGAUGCACUCAGUCAUAGCUUUGUGUUCACUGCUUUUAGAAACUGACUUAAAUCCCGAACAGAGGGUUAUGAUGGAAACUAUACUUAAGAGUAGCAAUCUUCUAGCAACACUGAUUAACGAUGUCCUAGAUCUCUCAAGACUCGAAGAUGGAAGUCUCGAAUUAGAGAAUGUAACAUUCAAUCUUCAUGGAGUGUUUCGGGAGGUCGUUAACAUGAUUAAACCUAUUGCAGCAGUGAAGAAAUUAUCUACAACUUUAUCUUUAGCUCUUGAUGUUCCCAUCCAUGCUGUUGGAGAUGCCAAGCGUCUUACGCAAAUCAUGUUGAAUGUUGCUGGGAAUGCUGUUAAGUUCACAAAGGAAGGUCAAAUUUCUAUCGAGGCUUCUGUUGCGAAACCAGACUACAUUAGGGGCAGUCGGCAGGGAGAGUUUUAUCCACCGUCUACUGAGGGCCACUUUUAUCUGCGUAUGCAGGUCAAAGAUUCAGGGUCUGGUAUUAGCCCCCAAGAUAUUCCACUCAUCUUCACCAAGUUUACAGAGGCUCGAAGUGCAUCAAAUCGAAGCAACAGCGGGGCUGGUCUUGGACUUGCCAUUUGCAGAAGGUUUGUACAGCUGAUGGGUGGUCAUAUUUGGAUAGAAAGUGAGGGCCUAGGUAAGGGCACCACGGUUACUUUCAUUGUUAAACUUGGCUCGUGCAACUAUCCAAAUGCCCCGGCCAUUGUGGCCCCUCGAGGGAGAGCAAAUCAAGGCAGCGACGAUCUCUUCAAAUAUAGACAGUACCAUAGAGCAGAUGGUUCAAUGUACGCCCCCGUUCCACGCUAUCAAAGGAGUCUUUAGGCACAACUGAGUUGCCAAGAAAACAUAACUGCUUCUUGAUGAUGCCCAGUGGCAGCUUGAUUGAGAAAAGUUCCAUCAAAAUAGAUGAUUUUACAUAUAUAUAUAAAGCCAAGUAUGUAAGGUACAGUUGUGAUGAUAAAUAACCUUAAUUUCAAUAAUUUUAAGCAUACUUAAAAGGCAUGGUACUUCCAUGUUUGUGUUCUUGUCAUUUGCGUUAGGUAAUGAGUGGACUGAUGUGUUCCUUGUUCAUUCGCAAUGUACAUUUCAAGCAUUACA